UGCCAUGGGAUUUCCAGGCUGAAAAAGGAUAUACCUGUCUUUUUUCUUCCUCCAUGCAAUGAGCAAGGGAGGGAGCACCAUUAUUCCAGCUAUUCACUAAUGCUGAACAUACAUCAACAGUGUGUGCAAUGCAAAGGCAUUUUCACAAGUGCUAUUUGGCAAGCUUACAUGAUUCAUUUGACAAACAGCAGGAAACAGGCCUGAAAGGAAUGAGAGUGUUGUGACCCAGGUUCCUGGACCUGGACUCCUGGACUCGGAUGAUUCAGAAAGUGAGGGAGAAGACCUGGCAAGGCCUGCUUCUCUUGGGCCCUCUCCCUCCCUGGCACCUACUCAAAGGGCGGAGGAGGGGCCGGCAAGGCCUGAUUCUUCCAGGCCUUCUUCUGAUUUGGCAACGCCCCAAGAACAGUUUUGGAGUGAUGCAAGACUGCGCAGACGUGACCGGCGCACGCAGCAGAGGAAGCGUUGGGACAAAGCCAAAGAAUGAUGGUCAUGCAGUGACAUCUGCAGAGACUAUAAAAAGGAGGCGGAACUUCCUGGUUUUUUGUCUUGGACAAAGCAGUGAAUUUGCGCGGACAAACUGUAUCAAUGGAGGGAAGAAUAUAUUCAAGCCUGCUCAAAAUGCAAAGUGAGAACCUGGGACCAGUAAAUUACUAUGUUGGAAUUGAUGUUGGCACAUCAAGUGUCCGUGCGGCUUUGGUGGACCAGUUUGGCACGGUAGUGGUUUAUGCAGACCAUCCAAUUCAAAUUUGGGCACCACAACCUGACUAUUAUGAACAAUCCUCUGAUGACAUCUGGGCAGCUUGUUGUAUGGUCACAAAGAAAAUUACUCGAGGAAUAAAUAUUUCCCAGAUUCGAGGGCUUGGCUUUGAUGCUACCUGCUCCCUUGUUGUUCUGGAUAGCCAUUUUCAGCCUUUGGCAGUCAACUCUGAAGGAGAACACAAACGAAAUAUCAUCAUGUGGAUGGACCAUCGUGCAGCUAAUCAAGUAACACGCAUCAAUGAGACACAGCAUAGUGUGCUGUCCUUUGUUGGUGGUGUGAUGUCAGUUGAAAUGCAGCCUCCUAAGUUGCUAUGGAUGAAAGAAAAUUUGCGAGAGUGUUGCUGGGAAAAAGCAGGGCACUUCUUUGAUCUUCCGGAUUUCUUAUCAUGGAAAGCAACAGGUGCCACAGCAAGAUCUUUGUGUACACUUGUAUGUAAAUGGACAUACUCCUCAAAAACUGGCUGGGAUGAUAAUUUUUGGAAAUCAAUUGGAUUAGAAGAUCUGAUGGCAAAUAAAUAUUCAAAAAUAGGAAAUGAAGUUCUCCCUCCAGGAACUCCAGUUGGAAAUGGAUUAACAGCAGAAGCUGCAGAAGAUCUUGGUCUGUCUAAGGGGAUUGCUGUAGCUGCCUCUCUUAUUGAUGCACAUGCUGGAGGAUUAGGUAUGAUUGGAGCCAACGUGAAAGGACAUAACUUGCCCUGUGAAAAUCAGUCAAUUACUUCCCGACUUGCAGUAAUAUGUGGGACAUCAUCAUGCCACAUGGCAGUUAGCAAGUCUCCUGUAUUUGUCCCUGGUGUUUGGGGACCCUAUUAUUCAGCAAUGGUGCCAGGAUUGUGGCUAAAUGAAGGAGGUCAAAGUGUAACAGGAAAGCUGAUAGAGCAUAUUGUCCAAGGACAUGCUGCUUUCCCAGAACUACAAACAAAAUCUGAAGCCAGAGCUCAAAGUAUAUAUACAUACUUGAAUGGUCACCUGGAUCUGAUUAAGAAAUCUUUGCCUGUGGGUUUGCUCACUGUUGAUUUACAUGUUUGGCCAGAUUUCCAUGGCAACCGAUCUCCCCUUGCAGAUUUGACUCUAAAGGGCAUGGUAGUGGGGUUGACACUGUCUCAAAGUCUUGAUGAUCUUGCUCUUAUUUAUCUAGCUACAGUUCAAGCUAUUGCGUUGGGAACCAGACAUAUUGUAGAAACAAUGCAAGUCGCAGGGCAUCGUAUCAACACUCUCUUUAUGUGUGGUGGUCUGAGCAAGAACCCUCUCUUUGUCCAAAUGCAUGCGGACAUUGUUGGCAUGCCUGUUGUUCUAGCCCAAGAAGUGGAGUCUGUGCUAAUGGGUGCUGCUAUUCUUGGAGCCUGUGCUUCUAAAGACUUUGCUUCCCUGCAGGAUGCUAUGGAGAAAAUGGAGAAAGUUGGCCGGAUUGUGCUGCCAAACCACAAGGAUAAAAGAUUUUAUGACAAGAAAUACGAAGUGUUUCUAAAACUUGCAGAAGAUCAAAGGAAAUAUAAAUCCAUCAUGCAAAAUGCAUAGAGAGGCUAAAGAAGAAUUAUCUUUCAUAUCAAAGGUCUGACUGAUUUCUUUGACUUUCUUGAUUAGCUAUUUACAUUAAUGAGAAACAUUGUAGUAAAAAUAAAAAAUACUUUAUAGCCUAUUGAAUAUGAACAGAGAUGUAUUUUAUUAAGGUGAUAUCAUGGUACAAACUUGUCAAAUCUACAUUUCUUGAAUCAGUGUCUCAACCAGAACUGCAGCUAUCAUUCAGCAUUCAAUUUUUUCAGAAUUGCGUAAUCUGUUAAAAAGCUUACAAAAUAUGUGUUUUAGGCAAAAAUGUAUAAAAGAGAAUAUAUAGAUAAAAUAUACAAAAUGCAUAAUUUUUUUGCAAAUUUAUGUGAAAAUAAAAUAAAUUGAAGCUUGGGAAAGAGAAUGUCAAAAUUAUACAGCAAAUGUACCUUCAUUGGUCAGGCUUUCUAUUUAAUGUCAAAAACUAAAUUGGAGAAAGAUUUCUUUCUUGUUGCUUAUUGUUGUUUCCAGUAAUAAAAUCAAGAGUCAUAAUGUGACAUUAUAAGAACCAAGAGUUAAGAAGAUAUACCUUAUCUUAAUGAACUUUGUAGAAUGAAUUGCUACAGAAGAGAUAAAAUUUUACAACAUAUUUUUUCUGAUUCAUUAUCGGUAUAAUUUUAAAUAUGUCUUAAAACUCAUUUGUAGUUAAUGUAGACUAACUCAGGAAACAGAAUGUUGGACUCUUGUUAUACAAGAAUGUUGCAGGAUCUUGAUUUUUGCUAGAGAAACAUGUUAAAAAUCUGGUUGUGUUUUCCUAUCCAUCUUUUUUAUGUCCGGGGAGUUAAGGCAGAAUCCGUUUGAGUUUCUUUCUAAUGUCCUUGAUUUCUGGGUUUAAUAAAUACUUACUUUAUUCAAGGUUUGGCUCUGUAGUAUUGCAGUUAUUGUUCUUAUCAAAAUUAAUAAAGACCAUUUAUAUUUUUUUCUAGUAUCUCAAUUCAGUUAUUUUAACUGAUCAGUUUGAUCUGAAAUUUGCUUAAUUAUACAAAGCUCUAUGAGAUAAAAAUAAAAGUUUAGAAGAACAUCAGAUAAAUUCCCCUGUUCAUUUGCCAGUGUCCUGGCGUCAUAUGAUUACCUAUGGCACAAGUGUCAAAUUCGUGGUGUCACACUGUUGUCAUGUGAUGUUUCGCAAUGUUUUUUCCCUUCAUGGAGCUGGGGUAGCCAUGGCCUGCAUGUGAUGCAUCCGGCCAGUGGACCGCCAGUUUGACACCCCUGACCUAUGAUAACCUUCUGACAAGUAAAGUCAAUGGGGAAGCCAGAUUCACUUAACAACAAUGUUACUAACUUAACAACUGCAGUGAUUCACUUAACAACUGUGGCAAGAAAAGUCAUAAAUGGGGCAAAGCUCAAUUAGCAAAUGUCUCACUUAGCAACAAAAAAUUUGGGCUCAAUUGUGGUCGUAAAUCGAGGACUACCUGUAUGUAAUUCUCUGAGAUAAUU